AUGGAAGAAUUUGAAGACGACAUAAACGAUAUUGAUAUAAAUUCGUGGUAUUCUUCUGUUUCAGAAAGUUAUUUUAAUACAAAUGAAACUUCUGAGAACAAUUUUGCCUCAACAUCCGCUGAAACUUCUUCAAAUACUACAUCAUAUUCUGAUUAUGGUCGAAAAAAAAGAAAGUCAAAUGUUAAUCCAACCUCUUUAGGAGAUAAUACUUCUAAUUUGUCUUCUCAUUUGCGUGACAAACACAAAAUAACUAGUGAUAAUUAUAAACAAUUUCUGGAUGAAACUAUAACUCGUCAUAUAUGUGGUGCAAAAUAUCCUACACUUAAUUUAGUUCACCCAUAUAUAGAAAUACUUAAAAAAAAGUUUCAACCACGAUCUGAAAAAAAUAAAACGAUUGAUUCUUACUUAACCUUAAUUUAUGGCGAGUUAGAAGAUUUACCUAAUCAACCCAAUAUAGAAAAAUUAUCUGAUACUGAUGAUUCAAGUUCUGUUAGUGAAGAUGAAAAUAUAUCAUCAGCAGGUAAACGUCGACAUUGGCAAUUUGCUCACCGUCAAUUUAAACGAAAUAUGUAUAAAAAGCAUAUUGAGUCAAAUGACAUAUAUGAAAUCGAAUAUUUACCGCCAACUGAUACUUCAGGUCUUUUGGAUAACGUUAGAGCUGCUAUCUACUUGUCAUUAGAUGAAUUGUGUGAAAAUGAUACUUUAGGAGAUGAUGAUUUUUUUGCUGAAGUUUUUAACUUAGGAGGAUCAAAUAAUGAUAUAAUAGAAUUUGAAGAAGACGAAGUAUCACAAUAUCUUAAAUAUCCUGAAGCUAAACUUCAUGAAGAUCCACUUAUUUGGUGGAAUAGUAGAAAAAGUAUUUUUCCUUUAUUGGCUUUAUUAGCCCGAAAAUAUCUUUCAAUCCCAGCUACAUCCGUGCCAAGUGAACGAUUAUUCUCGAAUGCUGGGAAUCACAUCUCAUCUAAACGAACACGUCUAUCUCCUGAACUAGUGAAUCAUAUGUUAUCUUUAAAAAAAAAUAGUGCACAUUACAGCUCCCAUGACGUUCACCACUCAACACACCUUUACAACACUACUUCCACAGCGCACAAGACACUAGAUGCCGAUUCCACACAG